UCUCCUCAGGCACUGUCGUCAAAUGCCAUCAACCCGAUACACAGGAAGCUUUAGAACUUUGCGCCAAAUAUCGACGGAGUCGACGAUUCAGUUGAGAAGGUGGAGCUAAUUUUAGCCACGCCGGUGUGGUGGUUUCGGCACCGACACUCAGACCAGUUUGCGUCCGCCAAGCAUCACUGUUACUUCGUUGACCGACCUGAAUGCGCCGCGUUCUGUGCCUGCUUGGGCUGCUAGCUGCCAACGUCGUGGGCGGACCUGGUGUCCUUCCAGGUGACUUCCAAGACAAAUUCAAUCACAUGAUGCCUCCGCCUCGACAGGUCAGUCGCCCACCUACAACGUCUCCCACGACCGGUCCUGAAUUCGAGUCGGGCGAGUUGACGGGUUGCGACAACGGAGACACAGCCGUGGAUGUCGACGGCGCCGACGGUAGGUUCUGUGUCGACAAAUUAUAUCACUGCGGGCGCGAGGUACCCCAAGGACCAUGCCCGCCGCCGCAGGACGGGCUCCCAUUCGGGUCCUACUGUGCCGUGACGUCCACAGGGCUCAUCAAAUGCGUCGCCAAAGUCAACGGCCAAGUGGUCGUACCGGUGAUGUACAUCCCAGAUCCCGCGCCGAAAGUACCGGUCACUCCUCACCCGACCGUAACCAAGUCCUUUGAAGAUGGUCAACUAAGCGAAUGCGGCGACGAAUUGAGCCCGAUCGCAGUGUUGCUUGUCGAUGGCGCGAACGAGACGUUCUGCAUCGAUGCUUCCUUCGCCUGCAGCAACUUUUUGCCCGAUGGACCAUGUCCGCCCCCUCAACCAGGUCUUCCCAAAGGCUCUGCAUGCAGGCAGCUCGACUCGCAAGUGUUUGGGUGCGUGGAGCGGACGGUGUGACCUCCAGUUCGAGUCCUUCCAACUGACCAGGACUUGACACAAAGAAAGCAUUCUCAACUUAAGCGGCGUGCUAGUCUCAGUACUAAUGCAGCACACGUUAUGU